AUGACGAUAAUACCUCCCCGAUCCACUAACCGAGAGCCCGCGAGCUCUUCGGCCUGGGCUGGAAAAAUGAAGGCCUACAUCAUCCCCGUCAUCAUGACCGGUCUGUUGAUACAGCUCCUCUUCCUCGCGAACAUGUCGUACAUGUUUGGUAGCAUGUUCAAGUCCACCUCGCGCCUGCAUAACCUCAAGAUCCUCGCCGUCGACUACGACAAUGGAGACAUUGGCCGGUCCAUCUCUGGUGCUUAUGGUGCUCUGGAGUCAAAGCAGUUUCCCACUGUCAAGUUUGCCAAGUCCUCCGAUUAUCCUACCCCCGAAUCACUUCGCGAUGCCGUCUGCAACCAUGGCUACUGGGGUGCCGUCUAUACACACUCUGGCGCAUCCGAUCGACUCCUGAGCACCAUCGAAGGCGACAACACGACCGCUUACAACCCCAACGAUGCUGUCACCUACAUCUACAAUAGCGCAUAUUAUCCAGCUGCUUUCAUGUCUCUCAAGGGCAGCCUCCAGUCUCUUGUUGCCGCCGCGUCCAAGUUUUAUCCGCACUCGAACCCCGAUGUGCUCAAGGGCGCCAACUUGACUAGCCCGGCCUCAGUCUCUGCGCUCCUCAACCCUUUCACAGCGACCGAGUGGGACAUUAUGCCUACCAACCAAGGAGCCCGAAUCCUCCUCAACACCGUGUCCAUGGUAAUGCCAAUCAUUAUGCAAUUCUUUUUCCAGAUGGGCCUAAAUGGCAUCACUGGCGGGGCCAAUAUGCUUGCGGGCCAGUCCAAACGGGACGUGUACGUCUUCCGACUCUGCACUGGAAAGAUUUUUACCUUUGUCUCCGCUUUGGGCAUGGCCGGGUACAUUUGGGCUUUCCGCGAGGACUGGGGUGUGACAGCCGGCCAAUUUGUUGAGACGUGGAUGUGCAUCUGGUUCUACAUGGACAUCAACUACCUGACUAUCGACACUAUAGUCGGAACUCUCAUCCCAAUGCAGUUCUUUGCCUUCUUCCUUCUCACAUGGAUCAUUACCAACAUCGCCUCCGUCGUUUACCCCUUCGAGCUCACGCCCGGCUUCUACCACUGGUCAUGGGCCUUGCCAUCGCACAACGUUUACCUUUUGCUUGUCGGGAUUUGGUCCGGCUGCCGGGCCAAUAUCGGCACGACGCUCCCCAUCCUCUUCUCCUGGUGGCUGGUCACUCAUGUAACCAGCGCUUGGUCCGUCCGCAAGAGGUGCUUGUUGGCUGAGGCCGAAGCACAUCAGAACGAGCAGGCGCAGCAUGACAAGUUUGUUCGUUUCAGUACUGAGCAAAGCGAGCAGUUUGUGCUCAACCAAAUCUCUUCUCGGGCUGCAAAUGACCGAAACUCACCUGACCGUGACCUUGAGGCGAACCGGCUUGCAGUUGGAGAGAGCCUACCUAAUGGUAGCGAGAGUCGGACUAUCAUCAGCACACCUGCUGACCGCGAUGAGGGAAAGGCGGGUAGGGAAUAA